AGGGAGGGAGGGAGGGAUAGGAUAACGAUUCUCCAAAGCUGCACUGCACAUCCGACCAAGAAAAUGUCACGUGACCUGCACGUGGGAGGUCGAAUGUCAACCAUCUCUGGUGCCGGCCGGCAUAUCCAGUGAAGUCUCCACUUCAACCACUAUGUGAAAGUUUCCUUUUUGUUUCUUUGCCAACUUUCAUGUUUUUAUUACACACUCUCACGCACUAAGCACCACCACCCAAAACGGCCGAAACCCUCCGCCGGACCUCCACCACUAGGCCCAAAUGUCGCUCAUCAACGGCACCACCGCCAUCAACCAAGACCCAGAUUCUAAACCCAAACCCAUCACUUCGUGGGAGCUCCGGACAGAAUUCUCCCACCACGACCCUACCGUCGCCCGGAUAAACAACGGCAGCUUUGGCUGCUGCCCCGCCACCAUCAUGGCUGCCCAGCAGCGCUACCAGCUCCUGUACCUCCGCCAGCCCGACUACUUCUACUUCCACACCCUUAAGCCCUCCAUCCUCCGGACCCGCCGCCUGAUUCAGACCCUGAUCAACGCCGACAACGUCGAUGAAGUCUCCAUCGUUGACAACGCCACCACCGCCGCCGCCAUCGUCCUCCAGCACACCACUUGGUCGUUUUUCUCCUCCCUUUUUCAGGCCGGUGACGCUGUCCUCAUCCUCCACUACGCCUACGGCGCCGUGAAGAAGUCCGUACAGGCCUACAUUUCGCGUGCUGGUGGCCACGUGAUCGAGGUUCAUCUUCCCUUCCCUGUUAAAUCUAGUUCUGAGAUUGUUUGUGAAUUUCAAAAGGCCCUUCAAAUGGGAAAAGCAAAUGGUAGGAAAAUUAGGUUGGCCAUCAUUGAUCAUAUUACUUCUAUGCCUUCUGUGAUCAUACCUGUGAAAGAACUGGUUAGAAUGUGUAGAGAUGAAGGCGUUGAUAGGAUCUUUGUUGAUGGGGCGCAUGCCAUUGGAAAUGUGGAGAUAGAUGUGAAGGAUAUAGGUGCUGACUUUUACACAAGUAACUUGCACAAGUGGAUGUUUUGCCCUCCAGCUGUUGCAUUUUUGUACUGUAAGAUGUGUGAUGAAUUGUCAGACUUGCACCACCCUGUGGUGUCUCACGAGUAUGGUAAUGGGCUGGCAAUAGAAAGUUCGUGGACUGGGACGAGAGAUUACAGCCCACAACUUGUGUUGCCGGAGGUGAUGGAAUUUGUUAGCAGGUUCGAUGGUGGGAUUGAGGGGAUAAUGAGGAGGAAUCAUGAGACUGUUGUUGAGAUGGCCCAAAUGUUGGUGGAGGCAUGGGGGACAGAGUUGGGGGCACCCCCAGAGAUGUGCUCGAGUAUGGCUAUGGUGGGAAUGCCUGCUUGUUUGGGCAUCACGAGCAGUUCAGAUGCAUUAAAGUUAAGAAAGCAUUUGAGGGAGUGUUUUAAUGUUGAAGUGCCAAUUUACUAUAGGGCAUCAGUGGAGGGGGAGGUUGACCCAACAACUGGGUAUGCGAGAAUUUCUCAUCAGGUGUACAAUGUAGUUGAGGAUUACUAUAGGCUUAGGGAUGCUGUGAACAAGUUAGUGAAAGAUGGAGUUACUUGUGCUCUUUUCUACAAAUAGGAAGCUUAUGGGGGACAUUACUCUAUAUACUUCUCCACAAAGCAAGAGCAGUGUCUAGCUUCAAUGCUUAUUAUCCAUGAGCAAUGCCGACCUUUGAACUUAGAAAAUGUGGAAGGCAAGGAUAUCAUGAUAUCCUUACUGUCAUAGCAUUUCCGUGUAGAACUCCCUGAAGAAAUAAUGUUAGCUUGCAGGUUAGGGUCAUGAGUAGAGGUCUCUGCCGUGAACAAAUGGCUUGAACAAUUUAUGUAUUGGUUCUUUUGCUCAUGUCUUUGUAUAUGUUCAGCUGGACAUCAAUUAUGAUUUGCAUGAAGUUCUCAGCAAAUUCAAGCACCAAUUUUCUGGCUUAAUAUACACUUCAUACAUUGUCUA